ACUAGGUGACCAUCCACAUCCGGCGUCAUCCACCUACCUUACCUUCGUUGUCAAGGAAAACUAUAAACUAUGGCUCGCCGUUACGAUUCACGGACAACCAUCUUCUCCCCAGAAGGCCGGCUGUACCAGGUGGAAUAUGCGAUGGAAGCUAUCUCCCACGCCGGAACGGCGUUGGGCAUCCUUGGAACAGAUGGCGUUGUUCUGGCAGCAGAGAAGAAGGUGGCAAGUAAAUUGUUGGAACAAACAGCAAGCAGUGAGAAAGUCUACCAGCUAAGCGACCACGCAUGCUGUGCUGUGGCAGGGAUUACAGCAGAUGCGAACACCCUCAUCAACUACUCGCGCCUGGAAGCACAAAAGUAUCUUUUCACUUAUGAUGAACCGAUACCAGUAGAGCAAUUAGUACAACGACUCUGUGAUCUGAAGCAAGGCUACACACAAUAUGGAGGCCUACGCCCCUUCGGAGUGUCAUUCCUAUACGCCGGAUACGAUGAGCAUUUUGGCUUCCAGCUUUACCAUUCUGACCCAUCUGGAAAUUACAGCGGAUGGAAGGCAACCUGCAUCGGAGCAAACUCAUCAAACGCGCAAAGCAUCUUGAAGCAAGAUUACAAGGAGGAAAUGGGACUAAAGGAAGCAAAGAGUCUGGCAAUCAAAGUGCUGUCAAAAACAAUGGAUACCACCAACAUGGGUAGCGACAAAUUGGAAUUUGCCACCCUCCAUCGUAGUUCAGGAGGCAAGGUGAUAUACAAGCUUUACAAACCACAUGAGAUUGAAGAACUGUUAAAAGAGGAGGGGCUAUUAAAUCAGGCAACUGAGAGGCAGGAUCUCUAAAAAUGAGAAAGAAAAAUUGACAGUGAUCAGGGUUGCCCCAAUCUGUGAGGAGCCUGACGGUUGUUAUUGCGUGAUUCCUAUAUAUUCAACAUACGCUACGCCAUACGUCACGUCUAUACAAGGGACUAUCUUGGUGCAGAAGCGCAACUUCAUUCGUUUCACCCAGAGCUAAAUCAAGACCGUGUUUAAUACCCGACUCUUCCGUCUCCAG